GUCAGUCGACUGAAUAAGAAGAAAAAAUUCCAAGGCAAAAAGUUUCCCCACAACCCAUGAAAAAAGGGGCCUUUGACAACGCAAUUUUUUGCUUAGAUGAGCGUAAGAAGACGUGGCUCGGGAGUAUUUUGCCUACUGCCGAACCGCGUUUCUCGACUGAGACCCUGCAUUGUCCAAUUGAUGCUAACUCACACACCCCCUUUCAUCACUUAAACUUUCUUUUGUUCUCUACCUUACUUUGUCGCAUUGGCGCACUGAUAAGGCGGUUAUCGCAAUCUUUCAGACCAUUUGAAGCUGGGAUAGACUUUGGCAUCCUGCCCUGAGCCGCUAACGUAGGACGGAGUUGGGUUCGGACGAUUUGCUCAGUCGACAAUGGCUCCAACUUCGAAUGAGAGUCCAAGGGAGCUGGAGAAGGUCGCCAGCACACGCGAGGCCGCGAUAGAUACCUCCGUCAUUGCAACAGACAACACAAGCAGUAACGAUAGCCCUCCGACAUCAUCGUCUCAAGCAUCACCUACUGCAGAGAAGUCAACAACAACCCCUGCUGGACCUCCUGACGGUGGUCUACAAGCAUGGCUCCACAUCCUUGGGUCUUUCUUCAUCUACUUUAACACAUGGGGUCUCAUCUCGAGCUUCGGUGCCUUUCAGGCCUACUACCAGUCUGAUCUCCUGAAAAACAACACUGCAUUUGAGAUCUCGACAAUUGGUUCCCUGCAAAACUUUCUUAUGGUCUUCUUGGGUUUCAUCAUCGGCCCAAUCUACGACCUGGGCUACUCACGAUACCUGCUGGUGGUAGGAUCCAUCCUGGUGCUGAUCGGGCUUAUCCUCCAAGCCUUCUGCCAGAACCUGUGGCAGUUCCUGCUCUGCCAGGGUCUCAUCAUCGGCCUCGGAACAGGAUGUCUGUCUACGCUAGGCGUCGCACUCCCAUCGCAAUGGUUCUCUACUAGGCUUGCACUUGCCAAUGGCAUCGCGGCCAACGGUAGCGGUGUUGGCGGUCUCGUCCUACCAGCAAUGUUCCGAGCAAUCCAGCCUAAGAUCGGCUUCCGAUGGACAGUCCUCGUCUUCGCGCUCAUCGCGCUUGUGACGCUCGGCGUAGCCAACCUCGUCAUCAAGACAUCGAAACUCAAGAUCCCUCUCAAGCGGCGACCGCUCGUCGACAAGUCUGUCUUCCGCGAUCUCCCGUUCCUUCUCUUCCUCGGCGCCUGCUGUUUGCUCUUCUUGGGCAUGUACACGCCGUACGUCUACGUGCAGAGCUACGCCCUCGAGAACCACAUGGCCAGCGAGAAUGUUGCGCUCUACCUCCUCUCGAUGCUUAACGGCGCCUCUAUUGUUGGGCGCAUCAUCCCCAACUUCUUUGCACCCUACAUUGGCAUCAUGAACAUGAUUGCUAGCGCCGUCUUCGUCAUGUCGAUUGCCGCCUUCUGCUUUGCGGCGACGAACAGCCAGGCUUCACUCAUUGCCGUCACUGUGGUGUAUGGCUUCUUCAGCGGAACGUUCUUCGGCUUGCAGCCGACUACGUUCGUCAAGCUUACAGCUGACAAGAGUUACAUGGGCACCAGGUUUGGUAUGGCCUUUACUGUCAUGUCGGUGGCACUCCUGUUCGGAUCGCCCAUUGCUGGUGCGCUGUCCAGGUCGCACGGAUACUUGAGCGGUUGGAUCUGGUCGGGAUGUUGCCUUGCGGCUAGUGGUGUCACGAUUUGCAUUUCGCGCGGGUUUGCUGGUGGCUGGAAGCUGAAUAAGGCGGUUUGAGAUGCCUCCUUGGCUGUGUUAUACAUACUUUUAGUUACAUGCAAAAAGUUGUACAGAGAUAUCAUCACUCAUUCCCGAUAUCUGAUCUACGAGUAAUGUGAUUUGGUCUCUUAGGAUUUUGGACGACGAGAGUGCCACUUUUUAAUAAAGGUGGCUCAAGCCCAGUUGAGCCCU